AGUGCGGAUGUGCGGUCGCAUGCGCGGUCAUUAAUAAAAUGUAAUCUUGGCGUAUAUAAAUAAAUAAUUAACGUAAAACGGCGCUUGUCAGCUCGUGCAGAUGUCAGGUGUUGUGCGCAGCAAAAUAUAUAAUAAAUAAAGGAGUGUAAAUACAUGUGCACUUAACAAACAACAUAAUAAUUGUUGUUGACGGCGACGAGGCGCGCAGUUGUUUGAAUGUUUGAAAAACAUAGAAUUAACGUUUACUGAAAGUUGUUAACAAUUGGUUUUAGUUUUGAAAACAAGCAAUUAUUGCUGCAGAAAAAAAAAAUACAAAACAUCGUAUGAUUUUGCUGGAUGAAAGUGCGUGUGUGUGUGUGUGUACGCUUAUGUGCGUGUGUAUAACAAAAAAAGAUGUGGUGUCCUUAAAGGUUGAGCAAAAGCAUUAGUCAUACUAUUUGCCGGUUUUUUCGCAACAACAAAAUUAACAUAAGGACGUGUUGGUCAAUGCAACGUUUUAAUUUAACCCCUGCCAGCUGCUAAAACAACAACAACAACAACAGUAAAGAACAACAUGGAGCGUAAAUUCACACGAGGCUUGAAUAAGCCCGGCAUGGCAGCACAGCUGAGAGAGAGCGUCUCUCAGGUGGUGCGAGAGAGCGCUGUUUUGAGCAAACCGCAAGUGGUGGAGCCCAUAGACUUUGAAGCCUUUAUAGCCAAAAAUAAAACGCUCAUACAGAAUGAUCCGCAAAGGGAGCUGCUCAUCUAUCCAGCGGACGAUGUUACGGAGAUUGUUAUGCCGCGCAAGCAGCGCUCCAGCGCCAAGACAGUUGCGGAUCGCUUUGAGCCCCCAAAUGAAUCAAUUGUUUGUCCACUGCAUGGCGCCUCGGUGCUUAAUGGACACAAUCAGCUGAGCCGCCAGGGCAGUCAGCAGUCCAAUGGCAGUUUACAGAACGGACACAGCAGCAGCAACAGCAACAGCAACAGCAGCUUGGCCAAUGGCAAUGGCCACGCUCAGCUGUCCCGCAAAAACUCCCAAUGCUCGAAUGGCUCGGCCAAUCGCAAGUUGUCCACCGAUAGCUGCAGCUAUGAAUCCGCUUUAUCUUCAAAUACGCUGCGUUCACAUUUGGCGCAGCCCGAGGAGCUGGAUGAAGCCAUUGCUGGCGGCGGCGAUGAGCAAAUGGAAGCCACAGCGCAGGGCACGCGUGCUGAAUGCUCCAGAUUUACGCGACAGGCGCUUUACACUUAUCGCGCCAAGAAUCAUUUGAUUCAUUACAAGUACAGCGCUUAUGGAGGCAACUGUCAUGAUCUGCCAAGUGUAACGCCCGCUGAGGAACUGCUGGAGGAGCUGUACGAAAUCGAUGCGGAUCAGGAUCGCAUAGAUGAGGAAAUGACGCGCUCACAGGCGGACACCAUAACCAAGCAGGGCUAUUUGCUUAAAGGACCUGAUUCGGCUUCAGAUCGCAUGUUUGCCAAUAUAGGCAACAAGUCCUUCAAGCGACGCUAUUGCUAUUUGCGCCAGGAGAUCGAUGGCACCUAUAUGCUGGAGCUGCACAAGGAUGAAAAGCAGGGCGAGGCCAAAGCGACUAUUGUUAUGGACUUUUGCCAGGAGGUGGUGCAGAAUCCCAAGCGUGGUCGCUUUUGCUUUGAGCUGCGCAUGACAGCGGGACACAAAAGCUUCACGCUUGCCGCUGAAAACGAGCAGGACUUCAAGGACUGGCUGAGCAAGCUGUCGCUGGUGCUGGCGCAGAACAAAGCGCAGGAGGAUAAGCGCAAUGCUUCGCUAGAACGGCAGCCACAGCUGCAGCUGCAGCCGCCGCCUCUGGAGCCGCCUGCCUUUGGCACGCUGAAGGGACUGGAUCAAUCGCUGCAUCCACAGCUCAUGAAAUAUGGACGCGAGACAGAUCAUUCUAUAGCACAGGCUAGACGCGAGCAGCGGCGACGUCUUUUUGCCUGCUACCAAAAUCCGAGCAAGGCAAGCGCCACGGAAAACACCGAACAGUAUCGCGAACACUUUGGCACGCGCCUGCUGCUGAGCUGUCAUAGUCUGAGAUUCAGACUGCAGUGCCAGGAUGCAGUCGAUGGUGAGCAGCUAUGCCAGGUGGAGCCCUACUUGACCAGCUUGGCGCUCUACGAUGCCAAAGCGGGACGCAAACUUAGCGAGAACUUUUACUUUAAUGUUAAUGAAGCGCCGCUGCUGGAGUUGCUGCCAAAUACGCCAGUGCCGGCUUCAGUGGCCGCCUGUGGCGUGCCACGUCGCGCCGACGGCGACGAAACGUGCGCCAGCCAGGCGCCCUACUCGCUCUACGACAGCGUCUGUGCGGAAUUGCUGCGCUGCCCGCGCUCCCAGCUGCAGCAGCUGCGGCAGUGCCUGCUCAGCAUAACGGCGCCGCAUGCGGACAUCUUUCUGGUGCUGCGCGUGGAGAAAGUGCUGCAGUGCAGCAUUGCACAGGCGGCAGAGCCGUAUCUGAAGGCAGCGCGUGGCGAUGCCAAGCUGGCCCAGAAGGUGGCCAAGGCGGCGCGUCAGUGUGCGCAGCAUAUUGGACACUAUCGCCAGCCGUUUGCCUGGGCAGCGCGUCCGCUGUUCAAGAGCUACAGCCACGAGCUGGACGUGGAUGCGGCACGUGACUUUGAGUUCAGCACCAUUUAUCGCCAGGAGCUGCCCAAGCUGCGCGACGAGGAGCUGCUGAAGCUGCUCGCCGACUAUCGUAAGCCCGAGAAACUGAGCAAGCUUACAGUCAUACCCGGCUACAUGCGACUGCAGCUGCAGGUCAUAGAACAAACUGCGCCCUGUGCUCUCAGCAAAUCCCUGACGCCGCUCUCCAGCUUCAGCGCCAACAGCAAACAAGCGCUGACCUUGGAGCUUUGCGAAUUCCAAAGCAGCCAAGAGCGUGAUGCGCAUCCCUAUACCAGUUACUAUAAUCAUCUCUAUGUCUAUCCGCUGAGUCUGCAGUUCGAUAGUCAAAAGUUGUUCUCACGCGCUCGGAAUAUAACUGUAGUUGUGGAGCUGCGCGACGGCGAUGGCGAAUAUAGCAAACCACUUAAGUGCAUCUAUGGUCGUCCUGGACAGGAUUUGCUAGUCUCGCAGCUUGCCUGUCCGGUGCUGCAUCACAAUGUCACGCCCACUUGGUAUGAGGAAAUCAAACUGCGCCUGCCCUUGGGUCUGUUUCCAGAGCAUCAUCUGCUCUUCUCCUUCUAUCAUGUCUCCUGCAAUCUCAGCAAGAAACGUGAUGCACACGCGGCCUUCGAAACGCCCAUAGGCUAUGCAUGGCUGCCGCUGCUGCAAAAGAAUCGCAUCUGCCUGGAGGAGCAGCAACUUCCAGUGGCGGCCACUUUGCCCGUCGGCUAUCUAUCCAUACAACCUCUGGGCUGGGGCAAAGGGCAGAACUGCGGACCGGACAUACAGUGGAUAGAUAAUCAGCGAGCGCUUUAUAGCGUCGCGCUACGCUUGGACUCCACUGUGCUGACGGCGGAUCAGCAUUUGCACAACUUCUUUGCGCACAGCGAGCGUUUGCUGGAGGGCGGCAAAACGGGCGCCGUGCCAGCGGAAACGGAAACGUGCAAAAUACUGAAGGCGACGCAUGCGAUAGACAUGAGAUCGCUGAUCAAUUAUUUGCCCACGCUGCUGAACGAGCUGUUUACGCUGCUGGUGCACACGCAGUCCGAGGAGAUUGGCCUGAAUGUGAUACGGCUGCUGACGAAUAUAAUACACCUGAUUUCGGAUCAGGCCAAGCGCGCAGAGCUGCUGCAGGCGUAUGUCAAGUUUGUGUUCCAUGCGCCCUACUACAGUCAGCAAAUGGGCUGCAGCAAGCGGGCGGUGCAUGGCGAGCGCAGCGUGCACGGCGAGCUGUGCCGGCAUUUGCCGUAUCUGCUGAAUCCAAGCAAUACGGAUUUUCUCAUUGUGAACAAGUUUAUGCGCUACUCCUCGAUAUUCUUUGAGUUGAUUGUGAAGAGCAUGGCGCAGUAUUUGCUGGCCACACGUCGCAUACGCAUGCUGCGGCAUGAGCGUUUUCCCAAGGAGUAUGCCGAGCGGCUGGAGCAGCUGAUCAAGGUGCUGGUGCCGUAUAUAACCACGCGCUACGACGAUUUGGCUGAGGAGACGCAGUUGCUGAAUCGUUCGCUGGCGCGCUUUGUGCGUCAGUGUUUGAGCUACAUGGAUCGCGGUUUUGUUUAUCGUUUAAUACGCUUCUAUAUGGAACAGUUUGCUCCAGGGAAUCCACGCAUAUUGCACGAAUACAAGUUCAAUUUUCUGCAGGAGAUUUGCCAGCAUGAGCACUAUGUGCCGCUCAACUUGCCGUUUGUGCUGAAUCCGAAGCAUCGACCGCCGGAGCUGCUGCAGCACUUUACGCUCUCGGAGCAGUUCUGUCGCCAGCACUUUCUGGCCGGGCUGCUGCUGCAGGAGCUCAAGAGCAGUCUCAACGAAGUUGCGCAUGUGCGUCGCCAUGCGUUGGGCAUCUUCAAGGAUCUGCUGGCCAAGCACGAGCUGGACGCGCGUUAUCAGCAGCGUGGACAGCUGUCGCGCAUUGCGCAGCUUUAUGUGCCCUGGCUGGGCAUUGUGAUGGACAAUCUGCAUCGCAUUGACGAUCAGGCAGAGUCUGGCGCCUGCACGCCCAAUGGACACGUGUAUGCAGACUCUGCUUCGUAUACCAAGCGCUUGAGCUGCUCCAGCAGCUAUGUGUUCAGCAAGGAUUCGCUUAGCUUUGGCUCGCUAACCUCAACGCCGCGCUCCAAGCAGCGCCUAACGCUGCAGCUAGAGCAGCAGCAGCAGAGUCCUUGCCGCAGCUCCAUGCACAUUAAGGAGCACAACUAUUUGGCAGCUAUUGCUGGCUCAGCCAUAAGCAAUGGUGUAUCCAAUCUUUCAUUGAACUCCAAUACAGACUCGGGCCAUUCGCAGGAUACAACCACCAUAGGCGCCUAUACCAAUGGCGACACGGAUGUAGCGCUACGCAAUGGACACAAUCGCUCGGUGAGCGUUACGCAUGCGCAAAUACUGGCGCGUUGUGAUAAGUUUGGCGCUGCCGAGAGCAAGGAUUUGCUUAUGGGCUUUCUAUUCAUAGUCAAGCACUUGUCGCAGGAGCAGCUUGUGGGCUGGUGGCAAAGCUGCAACGAAUCCGAGACCAUACAGUUUCUCAAUAUAUUGGAUUUGUGUCUGCUGCAGUUUCGCUACGUGGGCAAGAAGCAUGUGCAGCUGGCCAGCGAUAACAACAAAUCGAGAAAGGCGCAUACGCUGCCAGCGCGCACCACGCCCACAACGCUGGAGCAUGCGCCUGAGUCCAACACUGGCACAUUGACACAAAAUCGCGAGCCGCUGCUUGAAGAUUUGGAGUUGUCAGCGCGUGGCCAGCAGGCGCUGUAUGAAUCGAAUUUAGCCACUGAGGUGGGCAUGAUAGUGCUGGACUGCUUGGGCCAGUAUGUGCUACACUAUCGCCAGCUGUUAACUGAAAGUUUGGUGCUGCCCAAGCUGGCGCGCGUCUAUUUGCGCUUUUUGCAGCUUGGACAGUCGGAGCGUCUGUCCAAACAUGUGUUUGCCGCCUUGCGCGCUUUUAUUAAUAACUACGCCAUGGCGCUGUUCAAGGGCAAUGCCAUGCUGUGUGGCCAAAUGGUCUAUGAGCUGCUCAAAGCAUGCGACAGUCGCUUGGUGGACAUACGCCAUGAAUCCUGCGCUGUGCUUUAUCUGCUCAUGCGCAGCAAUUUCGAAUUCAGUGGACGCAAAGCUUUAACACGCGUGCAUCUCCAAGUUAUUAUAUCGGUGUCCCAAAUGAUUGGCAAUGUCAUUGGUCUAAACAAUGCGCGUUUCCAGGAAAGUCUUUCCAUCAUCAAUAGCUAUGCAAACAGCGACAAAGCCAUGAAGGGCACUGGUUUUCCCAUGGAGGUGAAAGAUCUAACGCGUCGCGUGCGCACUGUGCUCAUGGCCACAGCGCAGAUGCAGGCUCAUCACAUGGAUCCGGAGCGUUUGCUGGAGCUGCAGCACUCGCUGGCCAAUUCCUAUGCCUCCACGCCAGAGCUGCGUCACACUUGGCUCGUCACCAUGGCGCGCAAUCAUGAACAGAAUGGAAAUCUCUCGGAGGCCGCCUGCUGUCAUUUGCAUAUUGCCGCACUCAUGUGCGAGUAUCUGCGUCUGCGUGGCGGCUGCACCCUAAGCUGGUCCUCCACUGCAUUUCGUAAGAUAUCGCGCAACAUACCGCUGGAUGAGCAGGGCCUAAAACUGGACGCAGGUGCGCAGGACUCGCAGUAUACAGAACAAAUGCUGCUGGAGCAGCUGAAGCUUUGCGCGGAUUUUCUCGAUCGCGCUGAACGCUUCGAAUGCCUCGGCGAGCUUUACAAACUCAUCUUGCCCAUCUAUGAACGCGCGCGUAACUUUAUUGAGCUCGCCCAUUGCUAUGAGCAUUUGACGCAGGCUUACAACAAAAUUGUUGAGGUCAAUAGGUCAGGCAGACGCAUGCUGGGACGCUUCUAUCGCGUUGUGUUCUACGGCAUGAUGUACUUUGAGGAGGAUCAUGGCAUUGAGUAUGUCUACAAAGAGCCCAAGCUCACCUCGCUAAGUGAAAUCUCUGAACGUUUGGCCAAACAGUACAAGGAGAAGUUUGGCGCGGAUGUAGUCAAGCUUAUUAUGGAUUCAUCGCCGGUCAAAGUGGAUGAGCUGGAUGCCAAGUUGGCCUACAUACAAGUUACGCAUGUUAUUCCGUUCUUCAGCAAGGAUGAGCUCGAUCAGCGGCUGAAUGAGUUCGAGCAGAAUCACGAUGUGGACACAUUUAUGUACGAGACGCCAUUCACCAAGUCGGGAGCAGCGCGUGGCAGCGUCGAGGAGCAAUGGAAACGCAAGACUAUAAUACAGACUCAAUAUUCAUUUCCCUACGUGCUAAAGCGCAUACCCAUCAAAUCGCGCGACAUUAUCGAGCUGAGUCCCAUCGAGGUGGCCAUCGAUGAGAUGCAAGCAAAGGUUUCAGAGCUGGAGGAGAUCAUACUGCCGCCAGCCGAUGUUAAGAAGCUGCAGCUGCGUCUGCAAGGCAGCGUUGCCGUAACUGUAAAUGCCGGACCCUUGGCCUAUGCGCAUGCCUUUCUGGAUGCCAAAGUGAUCAACAGUUUCGCUGUGGAUCGCGUCGAAGACUUAAAAGAUGUGUUUCGCGACUUCAUUGGCGUUUGCUACAAGGCGCUGCGUGUGAACGAGCGCAUGAUAAGCGCGGAUCAAAAGGAAUACCAUUUGGUGCUGAAGGAGAACUACGAGAAGCUCUGCCAGGCGCUCAGUGAGUUGCUAGACGAUGAAUCCUUUCAGCCGCUGGGCGAUGAUGCCGACGCCGCUGCACAACGCAAUAGCAUGGCUUUAUUCAAUGCAAUCAGUGGCGCCUCGCAUAACUCAAGUUUUGGUUUUGCCGUUUAUUAAAGCCAAUCAAAUAUCCUUAUACAACAUAUACUCGUCUAUAAACGCACAUACAUAACGAAAAACAAUUAUUAUAAACUAUAACUGUGUCUAAGCUUUUAAAUUAUAUACUGACUACACUUGUUAUCCCUCGAAUGAUAUUGUAAGCAACUCUUAAUUAAUUUGUUUUUAUAUUUUACGCUUGAGUGUAUAUAAGAGCUUUUGUUUAUUAAGUGUAUUAUUGUUAAUUUAAUUUAACUAUUUUUCGAAAUUUCUAUGUUUACUUAAAACCAACACCAGCGGGUUCUGGUCACAAAAGCAGCCCCCCCAAAAGUUUUAAACAUGAAAUGCAAACUAUUUAAAUACUAUUACCUAUAACUAUAGCAAACCGAUCGAACUUCCCUCUGUGUCUUCUGCCUAAAACUUCAGAGAACUUGUUUAAUUUAAUUAUAUUAUAAUCUAGCAUAUAAGUUGCCUAAAUACCAAAGUAUUCAGCUAAACAAAUAUAUUCUACAUAUAUAA